ACAUGACCAUAAACCGAAUUACUAUAAGUCUGACGUCACUGUUCUAUUGUUCUAGGUGCCUGCCGCUGUCAAGUUCCUGGCCGGUUAUGGGGCAGCAGUCGACUUCAAAGAAAAACAAAGCUAGCGAAACAAACUGGCCGAACGCAUCCUGACCUUUGCAUAAAAAAAGCAAAAUUCAAAACUGGAACGAAGAACACUACCAGAGCUCCCCAAGGCAGCUAGUGUUGUGCUAAAUACCCGCGAUAUGCUAUCGUGUUCAUAACUUAAUCCAGUGCGUCUGUUUUCGUUAACCGAUAGCAGCGCUGAUAAAGUGUUGUCGUUUCAUAUUUACCGUCACAUCGUAGCCGGUCGCGCAUCAACCGAGACGUGUUAAUAGUGCUGUACGACUGCUAUCGUUUCGCUCGCCAAUGUUUAAAAACAUAUCGACCGUUAGCCAAGUGUGUUCGUAUACGGUUCGAGUGAGCGUGCCUGCGUAUUGUGUGACAUUUUUGAAGUUUUAUUAUCGAAUGUGUAAGGUAUGAAGAUGCGUGGUUUGUGGUCUGGGUUGGCGGCGUUCGGGUGGGUGGUGUUAGUGGGGUGCCAUAACCCUGGCAGUGAGUUGGAGUCGGUGCGGUACGGGCCGGCGGACGACCGGUUCCCGAGCGACACGUAUACUGUCGCCAACAUAAACAUCACAUAUAAGGAUGAACAUGGAGAGGAAUACACGGAGACAUCAGAGUCAGGGAAAUACGGCGAAGGUUUCAUUGGGUCUUCGAGGGGGAUAGCAGUACACGUGCGAGGAAAGGGGGCGGUUAACGAGCGGGACCACACCGGGUGCACGUGGCCGUUGCUGUCCACUGCAGCCCCCAACGAUCCCCUGCCCAGCGAGCCCUGGGUCGCGGUCAUCAAGAGAGGCAGCUGUAAUUUUGAAAUCAAGGUGAACAAUGCGUGGCGAGCAAACGCGACAGCAGUGCUCAUCUACAACGACCGGGACACCACGCUCCUGGAGAAAAUGAAACUGUCCACGGAUACUGGACGUAACAUAAGCGCGGUGUUCACUUACAAAUGGAAGGGUGAGGAGAUUGCUCGCUUGGUGGACAACGGCACCAGGGUCACCAUCGGCAUCAUCAAGGGACGAACCUUCGCCCACGUCAGCAACAACAUUAACAAGUACGUAGACAGAGAGGAAUUAGAGAAAAAUACUCAAACGUCUGUGCUGUUCGUGUCGAUAUCGUUCAUCGUGCUGAUGGUGAUAUCCCUCGCGUGGCUCGUCUUCUACUACAUCCAGCGCUUCCGAUACAUACACGCCAAAGACAGACUCUCUAAACGUCUUUGUUGUGCGGCUAAGAAGGCGUUAUCAAAAAUACCUGUAAAGAGCUUAAAGACUGAAGAUAGGGAAGUUCAAGGUGACGGCGAGUGCUGCGCCAUCUGUAUAGAACCUUACAAAGUGUCAGAAACACUAAGAUCUCUUCCUUGUAGACACGACUUCCACAAGAACUGCAUAGAUCCGUGGUUGCUAGAGCACCGCACCUGUCCCAUGUGCAAGAUGGACAUACUCAAAUACUACGGUUUCGUGUUCACGGGCAGCCAGGAGUCGAUCCUUCAACUGGAGGUUGAGGAGGCCCGCAGCCGCGCGCUCAGCCCAGCGCGCAACCGACACCCGCUCACACUCGUAAAUCUGACGAGCGAUAACUCGUACGAGGAGGCGGGCAGCGAGCGCAGCAGCCGCGCGUCCUCCCCGGACGAGCUCGUGCCCUCCCUGCCGCGCGCAGACACGCCCCGACACGCGCACCCGCCCAGAUCGUGCACAUCAUCCCCAACGGGAUCGCGCGGCGAGGCGGCCGGCAGCAGUACCGCGCCCGAGUAGACGCUGCAGUGACAGUGACAGUGCAGUGACACUAUGUGUUCAUACAAAUACUCAACACGAAACAUUGAAAACCUCCAGUGAAGUGACGCUAGUGGUGAAUCAAGUGAUAUUUUUCGUAAUUAAGGACAUUAUAGCGUAGCGUAUGGAUUUCACCGCAACUCCGCCUAGUCAACGAAAUAAGUGUUCUUCCUAACGCUUGACCCCACGACCCAACUAAUGUAUCAACAAGGAAAAUUAACGGUUUUUUAUAUUGAUAUCAAUCAUCGUACUUAAUAUUUGAUUGGUUCAUGAUCUCAUAAGUUAAUCGUAUCCUUAAUUAACUGCAAUAACCUACAGCCAAUGUAACCGAUAGACAAUGUAUUUGUUGUGGUGGCCCUUUGUUUUUUUAAUGUUUUUGGGAUUAAGGGUAUCCGUCCAUAUGAUAAUAACUAACAUUGUAAUACAGUUCUUUGUCUGUAGUUAACACUGAACCAUACUCGCGUUAAGCGGACUGUAACCUCCCUACUAAAACGUCUGUUCCUAGGGCCUUCAACCACCUAUAAAAGACUGUUGACGUUGUGGGAGCGAGACAGCGUAUACUUUGUAUAGCAACAUCUCUCUCCCACAAAUACAACAAUCUUAUAAGAGGUGUUGGUUGGUUUAUGGACUGCUUUAUUAAUAUUAGUUGGCAGUCGUUUAUAAUUAUAAGUUUUCUACAAUCAUCAGCCAUAUGAAUGAUAUUGUAAGCUAUGUUCAGUAACUUUAUCUUGGAAUAAUCAUAUUGAUGUGUAAAGGGGCCAUAUUGCAACUGAAUGUCAAAUGUUAAUAUAACAUGUUAAGCGAAAGUUCAUUUUGAACAAUACUGGUGUACCUACCUUCUAAUGGUGCAAUUUGUGAAAAUAAUAUUGUAAACACUUCUGUGUCUGAAAUAUAUAGUUAAUAAAAUCUAGUCUGAAGAUAUGUCGCUUUUAAAUCCAAUGAUUUUCGCUUCAUCUCGUAUUUUCAAUGAACUUGAAUCAAAUCAAAUUUAUUUGUUUUUUAAAUAAAUUGGUCGAAGUGUUUGUUCUGAAUUAUUUGUAAAUAGAUACUAUGAGGUAUACUUUUUUAAUUUGCAUUCAGGACAAACACUAUAGAUCUAUAGUUCAUAGAUAAAAAAGGGAGAUGUGUUGGGAACCGCGCCUUUUGCGGUUCGCGCCAUUUCCACGUAAUCAAAGUAUUGUGUUCACAGCUAUUGUAUUCAAAAGCGACUUAGUUCGUUCAAACUGUCCUUAUCAUAUAAAUAAAAAAAUAUUUUAGUUUAAGCUAUAAUAAGUGAGCAUUUAAGUUAUUAUGUACGAAAAUAGACAAAAGGUACUUAAAUCCAUUGGAUUUUAUAUAAAACAAGGAGACUGGUGUGUACUUUAGUAACAGGUAAUUUGUGUAAUGUUGUAUACAUUCCCGAGCUUGUUCGAGUCUUGUUCUACGAACUACACGUGCGAACAUAAUGUGUUGAAAUAAAAACCAAUACAGUAUUGA